UGUACUUAUUGGUAACAGCCUCACUUCGAUGAAUAUGGUAACUCUUGUUCUCUAUUAAAUUAGCCUCAUCUCAUUCGAUAGCAGAUGAUCAAUACCUUGGCUCUCUUUCUAUCAGCAAAAGAAAGAAAUAGAUCUAGCCAUGCAAGAAAGCAUCAUCAUUAUAUGCCUGAUUUAUAUCUUCAGGGCGUACUUGCCAAGGACUUGGAAGAAAUGAAUUUACGUAUAGAAUUAGCUAUACUUGAUUCAAAUCAACCUACAACACUUGUAGACAUGUCAAGACUCGUAGUCAAAAGGACACCUCUCUAUAAAGAGUAUCAUCGAUUGAGGUCAAAUUACCACACAGCCUUAUUUACAAAACUACAACAUGGAUUCAUACAACGAAAUACAAAGACACAGAUGAAUGAUUGGAAGUAAGACAGAUUACAUGUGUCAGAGAGGAUAUGUUCUAAUCGAUCUUUAGUAAACGAUCCCAAGUGUUUGAAAUAUCAAAUAGUAUAGCCCCCAUGGUUCAGAGUUUACUAGAGGAAGUCCGAAGGAUACCAGCAUGGUUAAGAGAAGCUUAUAUAAAGCAAUGGAGGAAAAGUUUGAUAAAACGGGCGCUGGCCAUGAUUCGA